UGAGAUUUGUGAUUGGCGGAGAAAGGCAGGCAACGAAAACUACAAGCCAGGAAACGUCUCGGGUUUCAGGGGGUAGUGACAUUUCUUCAGGGGUUUGGUGAGAGGGAGAAAAAAUCUCCGUAUGCCCGACAAAGCGUCUGAGAAGAGUCAGUGUACGCAGAGACUGCGCUUCACAUCACUGGAUCUGUAUUUUCGCGAGGAUGUUUUUAUUCCCCUUUGAUACAACGUUGCAUCUUGUUUAGACGGACGCUGCCCGAGCCGCUGGUGACGCAAAAACAACUUGGUUUCGGAAAAAGAAAAGUUUGUGGGACGCGCAUAUUUUUCUCCUGAAGGGAUUUACGCAUACGCGCACGGAUACUAUCGGUUGCCCACUGUGGGCAUGCGAGUUUAUCUUCCGUGCACUGUGAUUUUUGCCGCUUUGGAUUUGCAGAUUGGGAAUAUUUUUGGUUGCAGGGGAGAUAAAUCGCAUUCCUCUCUGGAUUCGGCCCAUGCACGAGCCCCUGUUUCUAUGUGGAUCCUGAGCCUCGAUUAUUCUGCUGCUUUUCUCCCAGGUAAUCGGUGAGAAUUCCAGCGAGUGACAGACCGCACGGCCUGAAGUUCAUGGUUGGGUGGAGCCCCUCAGAUGGGAUCUGUGUCCAGGGGGAGGUCAAGGGGGGGCGGAUGGAGUGGCACGCCCGCUGCUAACGGGAUGUCCGUCCGUGGGUCACUUCUGGGCGCGCUCCUGCUGUUGACCCUGGUGACUUUGUCCGUGGCACGGCCAUCCUUGAGGAUCGCCAAGGAGUCUACGCAUGAACCUGAAGAGCCUCCAACCAAAAACCAAAACUCUAAGCCCACCCUGUGCUCAGUGCACCCGGGCGAACUGCUGAAGCUCAGCUGCCCGCUGCCCGAGGCGGCCGCCAUCGUCUGGACCAAAGACGGCUCCUCGCUGGGCCCCAACAACCGCACGCUCGUAGAUCAGGAGUGGCUACAGAUCCGCGACGCCACCGCUAUGGACUCUGGAGUGUAUGAGUGCAGUGCUGCGGGCUCGCGGGUCAGCGACGUGCUUUGCUUCAUCGUAAACGUUACAGAUGCCAUCUCAUCUGGUGACGAUGAGGACGACACGGAGCGAUCGGACGAUGUCGGUGCGGACGGCGAACAGAUGCGAGCGCCAUAUUGGACCUCGCCGGACAAGAUGGAGAAGAAGCUGCAUGCCGUUCCCGCCGCCAACACUGUGAAGUUUCGCUGCGCCUCCGCCGGCAACCCCAAGCCAAAGAUGCGCUGGCUGAAGAAUGGAAAACCCUUCAGACAGGAGGAUCGCAUGGGGGGAUACAAGGUCCGACAUCAGCACUGGACUCUGAUCAUGGAGAGCGUGGUCCCUUCGGAUAAAGGAAACUACACCUGCCUUUUGGAGAACUUGUACGGCUCCCUCAAUCACACCUACACCCUGGAUGUAGUGGAGCGCUCUCCUCACCGACCCAUUCUUCAGGCCGGCCUGCCGGCCAACACAACCGUGCGUGUCGGAGAGGACGCCAAGUUCGUCUGCAAAGUUUACAGCGAUGCCCAGCCACACAUUCAGUGGCUGCAACACAUCGAGAAGAACGGCAGCCGUAACGGUUCUGAUGGACUCCCAUACGUCCGGGUGUUAAAGACGGCAGGUGUGAACACUACGGACAAAGAGAUCGAGUUGCUCUACCUGCCUAACGUAACUUUCAAGGAUGCGGGCGAGUAUACGUGUUUGGCGGGUAACUCUAUUGGGAUCUCCUAUCACACUGCUUGGUUGACGGUGCUUCCAGCCCAGAAAGACACCAUCUUGAAGGACGACAACCCUUAUUACGUGGAGAUCGCCAUCUACUGCAUAGGCGUCUUUCUCAUCGCCUGUAUGGCGGUGAUAGUGGUGGUGUGCCGAAUGAGGACGUCCGGAAAGAAGACCGACUUUGGGAGUCAACCUGCUGUUCACAAACUCACCAAACAGAUCCCACUGCGCCGCCAGGUUUCAUCAGACUCCAGCUCAUCCAUGAACUCCAGCACGCCAUUGGUCAGGAUCACCACUCGCCGUAGCUCCGCCCACGACGACCCCAUCCCAGAAUACGACCUGCCUGAGGACCCACGCUGGGAGUUCUCGAGAGACAAGUUAACUCUGGGUAAACCGCUGGGCGAGGGAUGCUUCGGUCAGGUGGUGAUGGCCGAGGCUCUGGGCAUCGAUAAGGACAAACCGAAAGAAGCCGUGACGGUAGCUGUCAAGAUGCUGAAAGACGACGCCACUGAGAAAGACCUGUCCGACCUGGUGUCCGAAAUGGAAAUGAUGAAGAUGAUUGGCCGGCACAAAAACAUCAUCAAUCUGUUGGGGGCGUGCACGCAAGAUGGGCCUUUAUAUGUCAUCGUGGAGUAUGCAUCGAAGGGUAACCUCCGAGAGUAUCUCAGGGCCCGGCGGCCCCCGGGAAUGGAUUACUCGUACGAUAUAGCCAAAGUAUCAGAUGAAGCUCUCGCGUUCAAAGAUCUGGUCUCGUGUACUUAUCAAGUAGCUCGUGGGAUGGAGUAUUUAGCCUCACAGAAGUGUAUACACAGAGAUCUGGCUGCCAGGAAUGUGUUGGUCACAGAGAGCAACGUGAUGAAGAUCGCAGACUUCGGUCUGGCCAGAGAUGUCCACAACAUAGAUUACUAUAAAAAGACCACAAAUGGUCGUCUGCCGGUGAAGUGGAUGGCUCCAGAGGCGCUGUUCGAUCGAGUAUAUACACACCAGAGUGAUGUAUGGUCUUUCGGGGUUCUGAUGUGGGAGAUCUUCACGCUCGGAGGUUCUCCGUAUCCAGGAAUCCCCGUCGAGGAGCUUUUUAAGCUGUUGAAAGAGGGUCAUCGCAUGGACAAACCUGCAAACUGCACCAACGAACUGUACAUGAUGAUGAAGGACUGUUGGCAUGCCAUGUCCUCACACAGACCCACAUUUAAACAGUUGGUGGAGGAUUUGGACCGAAUUCUAACUCUGGCAACCAAUGAGGAAUAUCUGGACCUGUGUUCUCCGGUAGAGCAGUAUUCCCCCAGCUUUCCCGACACACGGAGCUCUUGUUCCUCUGGAGACGACUCCGUCUUCUCCCACGAUCCCCUAGCAGACGAGCCCUGCCUCCCCAAGUACCAGCACAUGAACGGAGGCAUAAAAACAUGAGCCGCCCUCCUCAGACUCCUCCAGACGUGCCACACUCAAGCCCACACUCACAGUUCUCAAAGUGAAAGACUUUUACCCACAAUUCCCUGUUCCCAACCAUAACCGUAUGGUGCCUGACUCCUCCCGCUGGACUUUCGGAGCAUUCGAGGGAGGCUUAGUGACCAGCGGUGCUGCUUUCAAAAAAACAUAAAAACGGAUGUGUGCUUUUUUUAUGAGAGCACGCGCUUGCACACAAAAACACGUGACCAAGCUCUUAACAAGAGGAGAGGAGUGAAGUUUAGUGACUGAACUGAGCUGAGCGAUUCCCACCUCUUGUAUUUUUGUUUAUUUUUGCGCUUUUUCCCAUUUGUUUAUAUUGGAAUUCAUCAUUCCAAUCCAUCGUUCUGCAUUCCAGGACUCUGUGUUCCCGAGAGAAACGAAAUGGAGAACGUGAACUGAACUCUUAUGAGACUGAAAUGAGACAGAAAGAGAAAAUAGGAAACGUGUACGAUGCGGAAACUAUCGUACGACUAACACAAGAAGAACAUAACAACACUGCCUCCGGUUGAUUUUUUCAUGUUGCUUUAUGCUGUUUUUAUCUCGAUAACACGGUUAUCAUACAAAAUCCCAAGCAGUUAUUCUUAUUGAUACAAAAUAAAACAUGGUAUAUAGUGCUGGGUAUAUUUGUAAAUAUAUUCAAAUAUGUAAAAAAUAUAUAUUAUAUAUUUACAAUGAAUUAUUUUUUGUACGGACUUCCGAACAAUUCCUCCCGUUUUCCCCAGAGUCACAUGUGGAUUUAAACACAUGUUCAUGUUUGUAUUCCCAGACAUACACACACUUAUACAGCAAGACUCGAUAUUAAACACUUUUUUUCCUGGAGACUGUCAAUUUUAACCGUUAAAAGGUACUUAUAUUACAUUUUAACAGUGCACUAGCAUACACGUGUCCUCUAAAAAUGUCAUAGACAUCAACUAAGAGCAACAAAACUCCAAUGUUUAUUUCAUUUUUUAUGCAAGUAUUUCAUACACUUUGAGGUUUAAUGUCGAGUCCUGCAAACACACAUUUCUCACUGCUAACACACAGUCGCUCAUUGGCUUUCAGGGACAGAGAUAGCAUUUUAAUUUAUUGACUUAUGUUUAAAAAAGAAUCAAAUGACAAAAAAGAUCAAAGUAAUAAAGGGGUAAUAUUAAUGAUGACAAUAGAAACAAUGAUGAUUCAUAAUGUUUAUUUUGUAAUUUAAAAUGACAUUUCAGCGAAGCGACGGUACAAUUAUUUCUAGCUGUUAUCGAAAGAUUUUUUUUGUAUGUAUGUAUAUCUACAAAUGUGAAUGGUAAAGUAAAAAUGCAAAAGUAACGUACAUUUUAUAGUCCGCUAAUCCCUUUUCUAUAGUAGACGAUGUUUUUAUCCGGCUGUUUUACACGCGUUGAAUGUUGCAUUUGAGUUUGAUGAAUACUGGACGACGGUUGCAGUGUUUUCAUACCCACAUCAACGUUGUUCAUUCAUUCCGAUGAAAUCCUUCAAGCAAAAGUAUUAUGAAUCAUGUUCAUGUUCUUCCAGACAAAUGAAAUGAGAUUGUUCUGAAGCGUUCCUGACAGAUUUGUAAAAUUAAAGAGAAAAAAUGAACCUCUGUGUCUUUCU